AUGGGACGUAAAAAGAUUCAAAUAAAACCAAUUAAAGAUGAAAGGAAUCGUCAAGUGACUUUUUUGAAAAGAAAAUAUGGCUUAAUGAAGAAAGCCUAUGAAUUAAGUGUAUUAUGUGAUUGUGAGAUAGCUUUAAUUAUUUUCAAUUGUAAUAAUAAACUUGUUCAAUACGCAAGUACAGAUAUUGAUAAAAUUCUAUUAAAAUAUACAGAGUAUAGCGAACCUCAUGAGAGUAAAGGAAAUCAUGAUUUUGCUAAUACAAUUGAUAAUGACGAUGAUGAACCUCCACCAGGAUUUGAUACGACAGGGAUUGAUCAUAAGGUUAGGUUUCAAUUCUUAUUCCAAUUUAUAAAUGUGUCUUCACCUCCUAAAAAACCAAAACUCCGUGUUAAAAUUCCAGAAGCUAGCGAUAAGCAAUCAAGUUCCAAUACAAAUCAACAAACAACUCAACAGCAGCAACAAUCACAAUCACAAGAUCAAUCGCAAGACCAAUCACCUGAACAACCAUCUGAAACUCCCGCUGAUUCUCAACAACCUACCACUUCACAACCUUUGCAAUCAUCUCGUCCAACACCUGCAACUGCAGAUGCUCCAACCUCAGCAUUAACAUCAUUUGCACAAAAUCUACCAUCACCUUCCACAUUCUUCUCUGAAUUUUAUAAAACAACAGAACUUCCUAGUCCACUUACAUUUGGUAACACUCCGACUAGUGCUCAACCUGGCCCAUUCCAUUGGCCAAACCCUAAUAGAAACUCUUAUCAACCUUCUCCAUUAUCAAAACAAGAAAAUAAUACAAACAUUGCUAAUAAUGGUAUAAAUGUCAUCAAUAAUAAUAUUGGCAAUGUUAAUGCUUCAUCGUCAUCCUCGUCAUCAUCUUUAACUAAACUACGUCCUCCACCAAUUGAUGAUCCAAUAUUUAUUUUCCCUGCUCAUAUUGGUUGUAUUAAGUGUGUUGCUGUAAGUGGUAGAUAUUUAGCAUCCGGAAGUACUGACGAAGUUAUCAAAUUAUAUAAUUUAAAAAAACGCAAAGAGCUUGGAUCAUUGUUGAAACAUGAAGGAUCGAUAACAACGUUAAAAUUUUAUAAUAAAACCAACAUGUUAAGUGGUAGUGAUGAUGGAUUGAUAUGUAUAUGGAGAACAAAAGAUUGGGAAUGUUUGAAAAAUUUGAAAGGACAUAAAGGUCGUGUUAAUUCUUUGGAUAUUCAUCCAACAGGAAAGAUUGCAUUAUCGGUUUCAAUUGAUAAGACUGUUAUUCUAUGGAAUUUGUUGAAUGGAAUAAAAGCUAAGGGUGAAGUGGAUGCAAAGGUUGUGCAAAAAUUUGAAUUGAAAACUUCAAGAUAUUUAUGUAUGCAAUAUUAUCAUCAUCAUAAAAACGAUGUCGAUGAUGACUUGUUGAUAGUAGGAAGCGAAGAUAAAUUAAUAAGAAUAUAUGAUGUAAAAAAUGGUGGUUGUAUAUUAUCAAUAUCAGGUCAUAAAAAUAGAAUUAAAGAUCUUGCGCUUGUUCAAUCAUCUCCUCCCAUUAUUAAUAAUGAUGAUGAUAACAAUAAACCUGGACCUUUGACUAUUUUGGCAUCUAUAUCAUCAGAUGAGUAG